AUGGAUGAACAACAAGAUCCAACCGUGUUUCCCAUCGAAAAGAUGACCAUGGUGUCGCUGGGCAAAAUUUUGAGAGAAAUAGACCUGGUGGACAUGUAAGUUAGCAUAAAAAGUGUUUGUAAAAAUGUAUUGGAAAUGUAUUGCAGCGUGGAAUUGUCACUGACGAAUUCGGACGUGAAAAGAGCGAUCGGAGCGUUCAAGUACAAAGUUGACUCGUUCGAAGUGUCGUUCGAUUCGCAGCAAUCCUACGUGGCGAUGACGGCCGGCGCCAAAAAAUUUAUUUGGACUUUUUAUUUCGUGACGCCCGAUCCGGAGGUCAAUAUUCGCAAAAUUGGGCGAUAUAACUUCAGAAGGUACAUUUGUUUUCGUAGAUUUUCAAAAAUGCAUCUACAAAAGGGACAUGUGGUCCCUGGGUCCAGGCCUAAUUUUCCCGACAUGCUUUCUCACAUAAAAACCCAAUAAAAUUGUUUCAAGUGAAAUUCAGUUUGCAGCUACCGUACACGCAUGGGAAUUCACACGGAUCACCACGACAUCGAGCACGGAAUCCCCGUCAUUUUCGCCCAUUUAUUGUCGAUCUUCUACUGUUGCGAAGCAGAAAUCACGCACUUAACGAUCGAUUUUUCGACGAUCGCCGAGCCGAGAGCCGUCGUCGAACUUUUCAAACAUUUCCGCAAGAUCAACUUUCUGGUGCUUGCGAAAAGCGGAUUCGGCGAUUUGUUCGACUUCAAACCGGAUCUGGAACGCAUUUUGCGCAUUUUCGAGACGAAUGAAAUACAUUUCGACGUGGAGGGCGCCGAGAAAAUAUUCAAAACUGGCGAGAACGGGCAAAUGGAGAUGGUCGUUCAACAGGAAAAAUACGAUAUUGUGCGUUUCGAGACGCUUUGAGAAAUAAACUAGCAAUUUUCAGCUCCUCAGCAAAGACCACGUGUGUCUGGAAAAGGCGUUCUGGCUGAGCGGCGAAGAUUUGCUUAAAAUGGACACACGAACGGCGAUAAUAGUGGAGAACGUGCUGACGCCCACGCACUUGAACGCGUUCGUCAAAAAGUGGCAUUGCGGCGAGAAGAACGAGCGGUUCAUGUGGCUGAAAGUGCAAAUAGACCUGAGAGAGGACGAGGCGAAGGACGCCGUCAAAGAGGGACUCACACUUGUGCCGAGCCAGUGGAGACAGUCCACCACCCACUUGUGAGCGCCCAUUUUUUUGUUUCCACAAUAAUUAGACUGAAAUUUUGCAGAAACUGUCAAUACCACCGGGUGAACUGUCAAACGAUGCCGCUCGAAUUGGCGUCGGGCUUCCAACUGACGCACUCGACGAAUGGAUCCGUGGCGGACCUCAUAAUCGCCGACGACUACUUCCUAUUUCACGUGAAAGACGACGGAGGGCUGACGGCGCCGGUGGUUGAGCCGGUGAGACGGCAGGCGAACGGGGAUUUGAUGGCCGAGUUGCUGAUGCGGGUCCAGCGGGCCGAACGGGAACGGAGGAUGCGGAGGGCCGAGCUGGAGGAGCUCAUCGAGUUUGGCGAAGGCGAUGAUGGCGUGAUCGAAGAAGCGCGCCGCCGUUUGUUCGACGCGAAUCGGGAGCUGAGCGACGCGGAAGAAGCACAUCAGGCCGAGACUCGCAGGCAGAUGGUGGCCGCUGUGGCGGCGGCGGGGCCACUUGUGAUCCCUUGA